AUGGAGGAGGCAAACUACGAUGACGAUGAUGAUGAGGAGGGAGAGCGCACAAAGGAUACGGAAAACGAGAAUGAGAAUGACGGAAAUGGUGAGAAUGACAAGGGCGACAAUGCUCCUGGUGAAAAGGCACAGCCCAAGCAGGGUGCCAAAAAGAGAAGGCGAGGAGGGAGAAAUGCGAGAAGUAAUAAAGCCAAGCAGAAGGAGAAGGACCCGGAGCAGGUUCAGGAGGAGAAGAAGCAGGUCGGUGACACGAUUGGCCGCUCGAUCCUUACGGCCAAAAUGAAGAAGACGCGCAUGUGCGACUUUCACAAGGAGGGAAGGUGCAAGUAUGGUGAAGAUUGCGCCUUCGCGCACGAUGAGCAGGAACUUCAAUCAGCACCAGACCUGAGGAAAACCCGCCUUUGCCGGUCUUUCCUGGCAGGGAAGUGCGACGACAGAGAUUGCAAGUUUGCCCAUGGCGAGGACGAGUUGAGAGCUUCGGACAUUUGCUUCAAGACAGCCCUGUGCACCUGGUUUGAGAAGGGGACCUGCCAAAGCGGAUCCCAAUGUCGCUUCGCACACGGGGAAGACGAGCUGCGGGACGAUCCCGAAGCCAAGGCAGCAGCGGAGCGAGCCAGGAAGCGAAUGUCUGCCAGGGCCCUGGUGAUCAACAUCGAUGGGUUGCACAGUGAGACUGGGACAAUUCACGUUUCUUUGGAUCGCAAAGGGAUGCCGACGGAACCCUCCAGAAAGAGGAAGGAGCCGGAGCCAGUGGAGGAUUUGGGUCUUGGUGGGCUGUAUGACUUUCUCCCACCACCUGACCCAGAGAAAGACAAGGCGACUGCCGCCAAAGCAAGGAAAGCUGAACAGGCGAAUUCAAAGCCAAAGCUUCCUCCAACUGAUAGGUCUCGGGUAAUUUUCCUCGAUGUCGACGGUGUCCUUUUGCCAGCUGGCAGCGUCGAAAUGAUCUACAUUGACGGCGUGAUGUUGCCGGUGAGAGCAGCGAAGGAGGCUGACUUUAGCAGAGUCGCCCUCCAAAAUUUGCGUUCCAUUGUGCAACAGACCGGUGCUACCAUUGUCGUGUCCUCCGAGUGGCGACGGAGAGAGGAGAUGAGGGACAACAUUCGGAGGACACUCAUGACUCAGGACAUCCCUGGCUUCCAAGACUCGACGCCGAUUUUCCAGCCAUCUGCGGAGUUGGUCAAGCAGAGACUGGACCAGGCAAUCAUAUGGGCAGAGCGGCGGGCACGCGAGAUAGGGAGCUGGCUGAAGCAGCACAAAGAAGUCAAGGCGUGGGUGGCCAUAGAUGAUAUUGACUUCAGCUGGGCAGACAGCGUGAAGGUUCAAGGAACACCUCUCAUGAAGCAUCGGUCAGUCCUGACAAAUCCCAAGCACUGCAUCACUGAGAAGGAUGCCGACGAGGCGGUUCGUAUUCUUCUCAACCCUCCUGUCAUCGCGCCUGGUGAGGAGGCAGAUGCCAUUGCAGCAGCCAGAUAUCUGACUGAAGAAGCCUUGGCGAAAUGUGCUGGUGCUCCUCUGAUGUGA